AUGAGGAUCUCAUCGGCCUUAGUUACGCUUGCCUUAUCGUCUGUCGUUGCCGCUCGCUCGAUCUGGCCGGGAGGCUUGACAGAACAGACUACUCCUAGAAUCCAGGGCGACUUGUCUGUUCCUGGUGAAAACCCGUUGGAGUUUUGCCGUGACACUGGAGAGGAUAUCUUAACUAUCGAGCGCGUCAACUUGACUCCCAACCCGCCACUACCUGGCCAAACCUUGACCAUUGAAGCUGCCGGCGUCUUCAGCGAAGAUAUUGAAGAGGGGGCCUACGUCAACCUCCAGGUCAAAUAUGGCCUUAUCCGACUGAUCAACCAACGCGCCGAUCUCUGCGAGCAGAUCAAGAAUGUCGACCUCGAGUGCCCGAUCAAGAAGGGCAAGACGGUUCUGACCAAGGAAGUCGAGCUUCCCAAAGAAAUCCCUCCGGGAAAAUACACUGUUUUCGCCGACGUCUACACCGUUGAUGACCGGAAGAUUACCUGUCUUACCGCAACUGUCGUCUUUCCCCGAUGA